GAAAAGCUCUCCAUUCAUUCCCUAAUCGACUCGCGAUAAUCCAAUCUUUCCUAAUUGCCCGGUUCCGGAGCUACCUGCCGGGAGAAUGCCGGACAUCAAAUCCGUUUCCUCCAUCCUCCUCCUAGUCAGCUCCUCCCUCGUCGCUGCCCGCCCAGGAGCACGCUACCCUCGCGACGACAAGUACCCCGUGGAUGUCAAGUAUAACGGGCACUUCGGUCACCCGAAGUGUGACUGGCACCUCUGGGAUCAGUGGUGCAACGGGGAUGGCCACAAGCACUUCUAUGACUGUGGCUGGGGCCUCUCUGAUCCUAAGUAUAACUAUGACCUCUGGAGUUAUUGGUGCGAUACCAAGCAACACUACAACUGUGAAUUGGACGAGUCACAUUUGAAGUAUGACGCGGUGCUCUGGAAGUCAUCGUGCACUGGACAUGGCAAGCACUUUUAUGACUGUGACUGGGACCCAUCACAUGGGGACUACAGCUGGUAUCUCUGGGAUUACUUGUGUGGUAAUGGUCAUCACCCCUAUGACUGUGAAUUGGACAACUCACAUGAGGACUAUAACUGGAACCUCUGGUUUAAGUGGUGCAGUGGGCAUGGCAGGCACUUCUACGACUGUAAGUGGGACAACACUCAUGAAAAAUAUGACUGGCUUCUCUGGCAGUAUUGGUGCGGGUCGAAUGGCAAGGACCCCUACAACUGUGACUGGGAUAAGUCUCAUGAGAGGUAUGACUUGAACCUCUGGAAUCAAUGGUGCAAUAAGGACUACUACAGCUGUGAGUGGGACUCUCUUCACGAGAAGUUUAAUUGGGACCUCUGGGACCAUUGGUGCAAUGGCUAUGACAUGUACCCCUACAACUGCGAAUGGGACCAAUCUCAUGAGAAAUAUGACUUGACCCUCUGGAAUCAUUGGUGCAGCAGUUAUGACAAGGAUCCCUACAAGUGUGACUGGGGUCUCUGGAAUGGGUUGUGCAGUGGGAAUGGCAAGCACUUCUAUGACUGUGACUGGGACGACUCUCAUCCAGGCUAUGACCCCCAUCUAUGGGACAUCUUGUGCACUAAGGACCCCUACAACUGUGACUGGGACCCAUCUCAUGAGAAGUAUGAUUGGGAGCUCUGGAAUAAGUGGUGCAACAAGGACCCCUACAACUGCGACUGGGAUCCAUCUCAUGAGAAGUACGAUUGGGAUCUCUGGAAUAAGUGGUGCAAGGACCCCUACAACUGCGACUGGGACCCAUAUCAUGAGAAGUACGAUUGGGAUCUCUGGAAUAAGUGGUGCAACAAGGACCCCUACAACUGCGACUGGGACCCAUCUCAUGAGAAGUAUGAUUUGAGUCUCUGGAAUAAGUGGUGCAAGGACCCCUACAACUGCGACUGGGACCCAUAUCAUGAGAAGUACGAUUGGGAUCUCUGGAAUAAGUGGUGCAACAAGGACCCCUACAACUGCGACUGGGACCCAUCUCAUGAGAAGUAUGAUUGGGAGCUCUGGAAUAAGUGGUGCAACAAGGACCCCUACAACUGCGACUGGGAUCCAUAUCAUGAGAAGUAUGAUUGGGAUCUCUGGAAUAAGUGGUGCAACAAGGACCCCUACAACUGCGACUGGGACCCAUCUCAUGAGAAGUAUGAUUGGGAUCUCUGGAAUAAGUGGUGCAACAAGGACCCCUACAACUGUGACUGGGACCCAUAUCAUGAGAAGUAUGAUUGGGAUCUCUGGAAUAAGUGGUGCAACAAGGACCCCUACAACUGUGACUGGGACCCAUAUCAUGAGAAGUAUGAUUGGGAUCUCUGGAAUAAGUGGUGCAACAAGGACCCCUACAACUGUGACUGGGACCCAUCUCAUGAGAAGUACGAUUGGGAUCUCUGGAGUAAGUGGUGCAACAAGCACGACGAGCACGACAAACAUCCAUUGUGCCCUGUCUGUGACCCCCUCUCAGGCAAAAAUCACUGUCAUCCAACCACUUCCUGUGUCAGCACAGGCCACCACUACCACUGCGCCUGCCGCGCUGGCUACAAGGCUAGCCAUUAUAGCCAUGACCACAAGCAUUUCCGCAUGCCAGUCAAAGGCUAUGAAUUCCUUGUUUUCACCGGCCCGCAUACCAAGUGCAAUGUCCUUUGCGACGGUUACCCGCACAAGCCAGCCCAUGAGCUUUGCGGCGAGGUUAAGGUUCAUAAUUAUUGCGGGCCAUGA